AUGCCUUCUGGUCUUCCCACUGCUCCCGAUACUGAGAUCGGCUUUCAGCCGCCUCCUCCCUCAAAGGGCCCCCUCGACAAGAUCCGCAAAGGUCUUGUCGGCAUCAUUCCCUUGCCUGAGCUUGGCGAGAAACCUGUCAUCUAUAAUCCCGUCAUUAUUGUCCUCACAGGCUACCUUGAGACCAUCAAGCCUGGUGCUCUUGAUGAAGCUGUUCACUCUGCAUACCAGCAGAUCCCCCAGUUUAUGGACAAGCUGAACAUCAGUGAUGCUCGAUCGUUCUUGGACUUUGCCAACGAUCUACUCAAAUGGGUGCCUCAUGAGAACUACGAGGGAAAGGAUAUCUACGAUAUUCUCUGCAUGUUCUACUUCAUCAUCGACCAACCUCCUCUGGCGAACCUUCAGACUGCCAUCUCGCCUGAUCAGGUCGGUCAGCCGCUCACCUGGCUCUCCUCAUGGAUAGUCGUAUAUGCGCAGCUUAUUGGACUGUUCAUGGACUCCCCUGCCUCACUCACGAAAGAGUCUCUUGAGAGUUUCAGCCAGAAGAACUCUCCCAAGUACAAUUAUGACGAAGCUUUGGUCCCAGAGGGUGGUUUCCGUACCUUUAACCAGUUCUUCUCUCGCCAUCUCAAGUCAGGCGUGCGACCUAUUGCAGAGCCGGAGAACGACCGUGUCAUUGUGUACCCAGCCGACUGCACGUACGACAAUUCGGUUGCCAACCAAAACAUUGUCAACAUUGAGUCUGACGGAGUGAUUAUGAUCAAGAACCUUCCCUGGACUAUCUCGUCGCUCCUUCAGGGAAGCGAGUACGCGGAUGAGUUCCAUGGCGGUGUCUGGAUGCAUGCCUUCCUCAACACCUUCAACUACCAUCGCCAGCACGCUCCUGUUGCUGGUGAGGUCCUCGAGGCGAAGAACAUCCAGGGCGCGGCGUACAUGGAGGUCAACUCCAAGUGUGAGCCAAUGCGUGUCAUGUGCGGCCCAGACGCUCCUGAUACACCUGGAUACCAGUUCUUGCAGACCCGUGGCAUGAUCAUCAUCGACAACCCCGUCUUGGGCAAGGUUGCCGUGCUUCCUAUUGGCAUGGCACAAGUUUCGUCCGUCAAGAUAACGAUUCAGAAGGGUGAUAGAGUUGAGAAGGGACAAGAAAUUUCGUACUUCCAGUUUGGAGGAUCGGAUGUCAUUUGUGUGUUCCAGCCCAAGGCGGGGCUGAGGGUUGAGGAUUUUGUUGCUUCGUCUAACAACACGUACUCCAAGUAUGGUACCAUCUUGGCAAGAGCUCCCCAAAAGUAA